AUGCAUCCUCGGAGACGGCAGGACGUCACUCACAAAAAUGUCAAUCAGCUCUUUAGGACUCGAAGUUUCCAAGACGCCGUGGCCGCACGCCUAGCGGAGUCGGUUAAGAUACCAACCAUCACAUAUGAUGGGAUGGGCCACGUUAAGGAAGAUCCUCGAUGGGAGGUCUUCUCUCAGUUUUCCGACUACCUGAAGAAGGCAUUUCCGAAAGUAUAUGAAGAACUUACGGUUGAAACAGUCAACGAGCAUGGCCUGUUAUAUACAUGGCAUGGUUCACACGAUGCUAUGAAACCCCUCUUGUUCAUGGCACAUUCAGACGUGGUUCCCGCAGGGGAGUCAACCUCUGAAGAAUGGACUUAUCCACCUUUCUCGGGCCACUAUGACGGGGAGUAUAUCUGGGGUCGAGGCUCUGAGGACGACAAAUCGAACCUCAUCGCAAUGUUGACAGCAAUCGAUUGUUUACUCGCAUGCGAUUUCAUACCACGUCGGACGGUGAUACUCUCAGUCGGCUUCGAUGAGGAGGGUGGAGCCGAACAGAGUUAUGGCGCCAGGUGUCUCGCCGAGAUACUGUUAGACAGAUAUGGGAAAGAUGGUAUCGAAAUGAUUUUCGACGAGGGUAUCGCAGGCAUUGAGAAUCGUUUUGGGACCGACUUCGCCCUGCCUGCAACAGCUGAAAAGGGGUAUAUCGAUGUCACUGUGACUGUCGAUGUUCCCGGCGGACACUCCUCUACACCUCCUGACCACACAGCCAUCGGCUUUUUGGCUCAGAUAAUUCGUUUGAUCGAAGACCACCCAUUCAAAUCACAGCUGAUUCGAAACAAUCCGACUCUGACUUACCUUCGACAAGCCGCCUUGUAUUCCAAACACAUGCCUGAUGAUCUGCGAGAAGCGAUUCUCGGCGCCCAGAGCUCGAAGAAGCUUCUCGAAUAUAUGGAGAACGACCGUGAGAGACGUGCCAUGAUCAGAACAUCCACGGCAGUUGAUGUGAUUCAAGGUGGUGACAAAGUGAACUCGCUCCCAGAAAAUGCCAGCAUCCUCGUCAAUCAUCGCAUCGCAAUUCAGGAUUCGGUCCAGGCUGUGAAAGACCAUUAUCUUCAUCUCCUAGCACCUUGGGCCCAAGAACGAGGGUUCAAGCUUCACGCUUUCGGUGCUAAGGCUCAGGAUGGCCACAACAUUUCGAUGCGACCGGGUAGCAACACUACCGAGUGUGGUGACCUCACUCUCUCAGCACAUUAUGAGCUGGAAUCGUCACCUGUUUCAUCUACAGAGGAUGCUCGAUUUAGGAUACUGGCAGGCACCAUCAAAGGCGUCUUUGGGAAUGACGUAGUCGUAGCGCCAGAACUGUUGACUGGCAACACCGAUACCAGGUACUAUUGGGAUCUUUCGCCACAGAUAUACCGCAUGUCUCCCUGGCGAGCGAGUCAUGACCCCCGAGGGACCCGGAUGCACACGGUGGAUGAGCGAAUGCCCAUCAAAGGCCUCAUGGAAAUGGUACACUUUUACCAUGAAUUCAUCCGAGUCGUGGACGAAGUCCACGUCGAAGAUCACUCGCCUGUUUGCAACCAGCCUCGACACGGGAGCGCCAUGUGA